AUGAAAAGAUAUUUUUAUUCCAAAUGUUUAUUCGAAAUACAAAACAAAGUUGAUACUAGAAGAUACUAAAUAUAUAGGUUUAAUUUUUGUUUUUAUAACUAAUUUAGAAGACGCGGCUAUAAAUAUUUAGUGGAGAAUCAGUAGUAAGUUAAAUAAGUAAGAUUGUUAGAUUUACCAUUUAAUUUAAAUAAAUUUUUUAAUAAUUUUUUUUAUGGGUUAUUAAUCAUUCAAGUAUAUUUUUAUUUAUUUUUAAUGGCUAAUAAAGUAUUUAGAUCAAAAAAGUUCUUUACUUUCUAGACCUAUAAAUAAAUAAAUAAAUAAAUAAAAAUUCAAGAGAAUAGAAAAAAUAAAAAAGAUAAAAUAAGGUUUUUUUUUUAUUAGCUUCACGUUUAAUUGACUUAAAAUAUUUAAGGCGGAAUAAAAUUAUAAAUUCAAUAGAGCUAAUUAAUUCUCAAAAAAAAAAAUAAAAAUAUCAUCAGCAAAUUUAUUUUUAAAUGUGAACAGCAAGAGAGCUAAAAAGAGGAAGGAAGUCGAAGCAAAUUUUAUAUAAUUUUAUUACUAAUAAUUUUAAAUUAAGAGUAGCAUACUAAUAAUACUGAUCAAUACAAUUAACAGGUAUGUUAAUUAGUAACUUAAAUAUGA